AUGGCGAACGUGCGGGUGGCCGUGAGGGUCCGGCCCCUCAGCAAGAGGGAGACCAAAGAAGGUGGAAGAAUUGUUGUGGAAGUUGAUGGCAAAGUGGCAAAAAUCAGGAAUUUAAAGGUGGAUGGUCGACCAGAUGGCUUUGGGGACUCCAGGGAGAAGGUUGUGGCAUUCGGCUUUGAUUACUGCUACUGGUCAGUCAACCCAGAGGACCCUCAGUAUGCAUCUCAGGAUGUGGUGUUCCAGGAUUUGGGGAAGGAAGUACUCUCUGGAGCUGCCAAAGGCUAUAAUAUAUGCCUUUUUGCCUAUGGGCAGACAGGCUCUGGGAAGACAUAUACUAUGCUGGGGACUCCGGCGUCUGUUGGGCUGAUACCACGGAUAUGUGAGGGUCUCUUCAUCAGGGAGGAAGACUAUACCUCACUGCCUUCCUCCUGUAAGGUAAAAGUAAGUUUCCUGGAAAUCUAUAAUGAACGGGUGCGAGAUUUGUUGGAGCAAUCUGGUCAAAAGAAGUCCUAUACCCUACGGGUCAGGGAGCAUCCAGAGAUGGGACCAUAUGUACAAGGUUUAUCUCAACGUGUAGUUACCAACUAUAAGCAAGUAAUCCAACUCUUGGAGGAGGGAAUUGCAAACAGAAUCACAGCAACCACCCAUGUUCACGAGGCCAGCAGCAGAUCCCAUGCAAUCUUCACUAUCCACUACACGCAGGCAAUCCUGCAGAACAACCUCCCUUCUGAAAUUGCUAGCAAGAUCAACCUUGUGGACCUAGCAGGCAGUGAAAGAGCAGAUCCCAGUUACUGUAAGGACCGGAUUACUGAAGGAGCCAAUAUCAACAAGUCUCUUGUGACUCUGGGAAUUGUCAUCUCCACCUUAGCCCAGAACUCCCAAGUAUUCAGCAGCUGCCAGAGCCUCAACAGCUUAGCCAGCAAUGGUAGUGACAGUGGGAUUCUUAGCUCUCCUUCUGGGACCAGUAGUGGAUUAGGACCCUCCCGGAGGCAGUCUUACAUCCCAUACCGAGACUCUGUGUUGACCUGGCUGCUGAAGGACAGCCUUGGAGGCAACUCCAAAACCAUCAUGGUUGCCACCGUGUCUCCUGCACACACUAGCUACAAUGAGACCAUGAGCACUCUGAGAUAUGCAUCCAGUGCCAAAAAUAUUAUCAACAAGCCACGGGUAAAUGAGGAUGCAAACAUAAAGCUGAUUAGAGAACUCAGAGAAGAAAUUGAAAGACUGAAAGCCAUGCUGCUGAGCUUUGAACUGAGAAGCUUCACUUCAUUGAAUGAUGAAAAGGAUAAAAAUCUGAAGGAGCUGGUUCUCCAAAAUGAAUUGAAGAUAGACCAGCUGACUAAAGACUGGACCCAGAAAUGGAAUGAUUGGCAGGCCGUCAUGGAGCAUUACAGUGUGGACAUCAACAGGAGGAGGGCAGGGGUGGUCAUUGAUUCCAGCCUUCCACACCUGAUGACCUUGGAGGACGAUGUGCUCAGCACAGGAGUUGUACUCUACCACCUCAAGGAGGGGACAACAAAAAUAGGAAGGAUUGACUCAGAACAGGAACAGGACAUUGUCCUGCAGGGUCAGUGGAUUGAGAGAGAUCACUGCACUAUCACCAGUGCUUGUGGAGUAGUUGUUCUCUGGCCUGCCCAGGGGGCCCGCUGCACAGUCAAUGGGCGUGAGGUCACUGCCUCCUGCCGUCUGACCCAAGGGGCUGUCAUAACCCUGGGGAAAGCACAGACAUUCCGAUUCAACCACCCAGCAGAGGCUGCUGUCCUGCGGCGGCGAAGGCAGGUUGGAGAGGCUGUUGGUGGCAGUGGCUCUUUGGAGUGGCUGGACUUGGAUGGAGAUCUUACUGCCUACCAGCUGGGUCUCUACCCUUUGUUCUGGAAGAAAAGGAGAGUACUUGAAGAGCAAUGUGACAAGGACCAUCAGCCACUGAGGGAUAGAGAGACAUCUCACAGGGCCCAGAUUCAGCAGCAGCAGUGCUAUGUAGAAGGUUUGAGGCAACAAAUCCUAGCAGAAGAGAUUAGAGCUGAGAAGGAACUGGAAUUUGACCAGGCUUGCAUCAGCCAGCAGAUAAAAGAAAACCAGCAGUGGCUGCUCAAAGAAGAGACCUGGUUGGCCAGCUUGCAGCAGCAAGAGAAAGAACUUGAGGCAUCCGUGGCACCUGAUGUUUGGCUUCAGCUAGGUCCUGAGACUCAGCCAUCCCCACUUGUCCAAAGUCAGAAGAGAGUGGUGCAGCUGCAGCUCCUGCAGAGACAUACUCUUCAGGCAGCAGAGCGAAAUGUCCGGCAGAAAAAGGUCUCAUUCCAUCUAGAGAGAAUCAUCAAAAAGCAGAGGCUACUAGAGGCCCAGAAGAGACUGGAGCAACUGAGGACAUUGUGCUGGUUCCAAGAUGACAGCAGUCAGGAGCCGCCUUACCAAGUCCCCAACCCUGAUGUCACAGUCCCAUGGCCUCGACAUAGAAGCAGAUCAGCAAGUUGCAGUUCUUUGAGCCUCCGAAGGCUCUGCAGCCAACAACUGCCUCAGCUACGCAGUGUUUUCCUGAACUGGGAUCCCCCCACCAUGUUACCAUCUACGCCUGACCCUACUCACCAAGUAUCAGAGAAAACACCAUCAGAAGAGCAUUUGCCACAGGCUGCUUCUUACAUUCCAAGGAAAGGGCGUCUUCACAAGAAUGGCCUCCAUUUCUCAGGCCAGGGGCAGCUCCACACAACCAGAGGAGCCUCGGCCAGGAAGGGAGCUUCAUCUCCAGGAACUCUUCUCACUGUGAGCUCCAAGUCUGUCAGCAUCCAGGAAAUAGAGAGAGUGGGUAAACAGCCCCUUCGGAUGAUAUCCCAGAGCUUAGCAUCUCUGAGCCAGUCGGCCAACCAGCUAAAGCUGAGGGAUGAACCAAAGACCCUCACCUCUGUCACCCAGACCAAAAGGACUAAGGGACGCACACAGGCUGAGUGGCGAAAAGAAAGGACCUUUGGGACCCACAAGGCUGCUAAGGGAGCAAGUUGCUGUUCCCCAUAUCCUCAUGGACCCAAGCCAGCAGCUGGAUGUGGAAAGGCAGCCAAGACUUUUCGGGCAGAAUAUAAACCACCUUCUCCUAGUAGGGCAUCAAAAAGGCACCAGAGGAUGCUGGCAGCUAGGGUCAAAGACAUUACCAAAAAGUCCUCUCAUUUGCCUCAUGGCAGUCCUUUGAAGAGACAACACAAUCCAGGAGACCCAGACACCAUGGCCCCACUCACAGAUUUCAGCCCAAUAGUGGAUAAUGCAAGAGAAAAAGAUGAUGAUUUAUCUGACACAGAUAGCAGUUACUCAGUGGAUUCUCUCUCCUGUGUCUAUGCCAAAGCCCUGACAAAACCGUUAAAGCCAGAGCACUUGCAGGGGAAGAAGUGGGAUCUCCCAGAGCCAGAAAAUUCUGAAAGUGAUGACAGCCAAAUAUCUGAGGACUCACUGGCUGAGAAGGGAUACCAAAGCCCAAAAGACAGUCCAAGGGGCAGUCAUCCUACCAAUGACCCUGGCCACCCCAGGACCAGAACUAAAGCCUCUGUGAGGGGCUUCACUGUGCCCUUACAUAGUGACCUACUUGCUCAAGCUCACAGGAGCAUUUCCUUGGAUAGCCUGAUUGAUGCUGAGGAAGAACUGGGGGAAAGUGGAGAAAAAGAGCCCUUCUUUGGUUCAGCUGAUGAGAUACCCACGGAGACUUUUUGGCGCCUGCAGAACUCCAGUCUGCCUGUGGUGGACCAGGAAGCAAUGUGUAGGCUUGGUCCCAUCAACCACAGAACAGAAGCUAGGCUGGAUGUCAUCCUGCCAAUGAGCAAUUCGUUUUAUCUAGAUCCCCAGUUCCAACCCCACUGUAAGCAGGAUGAGUCAGAAGUAGAGGCAGGCUAUUCUGAACAAGCCAACAUCGUCCAAGGCCUGCAGCCUUCAAGAGAGAGCCCGCUCUUGUCCAUGGAUUCCUGGUUCUCCUGUGACUCUAAGAUCAACCCCAGUAGCCCCCCAGGAAUAGUGGGUUCUUUAUAUUCGAGUUCUGAUGUGCAGGAAGUUCAGCCUUGCAAUGAAGGGAGGCCUGGAUACUGUCUAAAUACUGAAGAACUAAAGCCAUUAGGUGCAGAAACAGUGCUGCUGUAUAGCUCCAAAAUGCCCCAAGUUGGUACUGAGCUACCCUGUAGCGUAAGAGAUGAGUAUACAACCUCUGCUUUUGAUACAUCCAAGAUAUCUCUCUGGAGAACUCAAAGAUUUCUUCAACCAGGAGCUGAAGACACCUUUCAGGGCAGCUAUAUCCCUGACAUGACCCAGCAGGGCAGCUCUGAAGCAUGCCACAAUUCUAGUGUGUCAAGUGUUCUGGCUGCCUCUACUACCUCAUUCACUCGUGAAGGCAGUGCUCAAGAAAGAGAUUGGGCUACCCUUCAGCAAAAGUACCUCCUUGAACUCUCUAAUCCUGUUUUGGAGGCCAUAGGUGAGCCUGAAUCAGCUUUCCCUUGCCAUGAGGAAGAAUCUGGUUCCCUGGCCCAAGCUUCUGGCAAAGGAGAAGAUACUCUAUUGCCAGUUGGUUCUAGGGUGUCUACCAAUCUGAAUUUCAACAACUUCUCAGUCAAUUUGUCCAGAAUUAGACAUUUGAGAGCAGAGAAAGAACAGGGCAAUUUGAGUGCCAAGUUAGAAGGUGCUUCAGAUUUCUUUAGCUUUAGUGAGAAAGAGGUGAGUUAUAACGAAACUUAUUCAGCAGACUUAGAAUCAUUGGUUUCUGAAUCUACAAAUGUACAGGUCUUUGUAGCAGAGAACAAGAUACCAAAUUCCAUGAUAGAAGCAUGUGAAAUUAAGCAGAACAACUUAGAAGAGUGCUUUCAGGGAAAAAGGAAAACUGGACCGAUGACUUCCUCUGAUGAGUAUUUUUUCCAGAAGAACACUUGUCACAAUAAUGUCGCCACAGCUACCAAAGCAGACCAUUGGCCUCAAGGCUGGGCUCCUCUCAGGAAAAAUCAUAUAGUCCAACCAGGGCAAUUAAGUCCCAACAGAAAGGGCCAUCAACCCCUACAGAAAGAGAAGGAAGAUUGCCAAGAGAGUGCUAAGGAAGUAGUUGGAAGACACACAGAUGUUUCCUUUGCCUUUUCUUCAGGUCCAGAGCUAUACCUCCGCUCUGCUCCUUGGAAUUCAUUCUCAUCCUCCCUGCAUCCACCUCUCUUGAAAACAUUCUAUGUGACCAAAAGCAGGGAUGCCCUGACAGAAACUGCCCUAGAGAUUCCAGCUUAUAGAGAAGUAAGGGUGCCUUCCCCACCCCCCAGGGAAGCCUGGGGCUUUGGGCACAAUGACCAAGUCCUCCAGAAUUCUUAUUCAGAGAAGAAGUUGCCAGGGCUGUUACAAAACCAGAGUUCUAAGAUUACUUCAUCUCAGGAGGCCACAGCAGAGAGACCAGUUGAUCUGAAUACUGGGGAAGUUAUUGGAGAAUUAGGUAAAUACCCUGGAAAUAGUAAUGAAGAAAGCCAUGAUUCAGUUUAUUUUUUUGUUGCUCAGGACAGACAUUUUCUCCCUUCUGCAAGCACAAAAGUAUGUGAAUUUGAAAAUCAAGAUGGAAUUCUAAACAAAAAACACAGUCUUCCAGCAUUUGAGGAAGAAAAGGCCACUGUGCAGUCAUGUUGCAGUGUUUCACCAGAUAGCGCUGGGUCUGGGAAGCCUCUCCUCCUCAUUUGUGAGUCUGAGACAGGUGGGGAAGAAGAGCAGAAUCAGAAUACAGUUCUAAGGCAGACCCAGACCUAUGAUAUAAAGAGACAGUUUCCUUCUGGGGCCAGGUCUGACUUGAUCUGUGAAACCAUCAAUUUAGGCCUUGAGAGGGACCUGCCAGGCGAAACUGCUGUUUCUUUGAUGUCCAGAUCAGUAUGUAAUAGAGUGAACAGCCCAGUGAUAGUGGUCCAGGAUGAGAGUCCAACCCACAAGUGGGAAGAGAAGAGUGAAACUGGUUUUCUUGGAAAAGCUCUUUAUCCCAAAGACAACUCAGAAGAGUUUAAACUUCCAGGGACAGUGUCUACAUAUGAAAGAUUCCAGUUAGUUACAUGCUCCCAGGAAAGAAACUCCAGUGAAUGCAAGGCCCCUGGAAAGUUACAAGAAAUGUUAAGCCCCAGAGAAGAACCUUCUGGAAAUAAACAGAAUAAAAAAGUUAAUAAUGCUGAUGAAAUGGCUAAACUAAUUAGGAGUGUGAUGCAGCUGGAAAAUGGCAUCUUAGAAAUUGAAUCCAAGCAGAAUAAGCAACUUCCCGCUUUCCACACGUUGGGAGUCAAUAAGAAGUUUGUGUUCCAGGACCAGAAGGAUCAGGAGAAGGCUGACCCUGUCCUUGGGCAAGGCAGCUCUGGAAGCCAUUUGUCCUUCAAGGAUCAGCCAUCUUUUCCAAGAAAGACAAAGGAUGUUAUCUUUAGGGACAGUGAAGCUAGAGAAAUGGAGGUUAACAGUAGCACUGGGAACAAUUCCCAGAAAAACCCUUUCAUGUCAAAGGAGUAUGUACAAGAGAGUGCAUCUGUGAGAGAGCACAUACACACAGCUGGAUUAGACAGAUCUGCCAGGGACAUGUGUGAUUCUUUAGGGACAUGCCCAGAAGAGUUCACCAACCCUUCUCCUUACCCAAGGAGAAUGAAAGCAUCGGCUAGAGCUCUGCCAUUGCAGCCCAGGCCAGAAAGGUCUUCUGAGAAUGAUGGUAAAUUGCUUAGAACAUCUGCAAGCCUCAAAGGGCAACCUUGGGACUUAAGAUGUCUUGAGGAAUUGGAGACUGUGAAAGGUUUUCAGGAAAGUCAAAUUGUAAAGCACAUAAAUAGUUCCAAGCAAGAGGAACCAAAAGCUCAAGGCAGAGUUGAAGAAAUGGCUAUACAAAGGAGUGGUAGCCUGCAGGAUGAGAAUAAUAUGGCCUCAUUGACUCAGAAACUUCCUAGUCCAAGCCAGCUUUGUAUGGGCACACUUUUUAGCUAUGAGAUGGUCUGUCCAUUACUGAGCCAAAUAAACCUCUCUACAGAUCCUUCUCACCAAGACCUGAGUAGUACCUUGCCCUUGAAUUCUCCAAGGCUGCCACGAAGCUGUCUUUAUGCACCCGAUGCCGCAGGCAUCUCUUCAGUUGACUAUAUACUAGAUUCCACAAUAUUGAAAAUUCCUAACAGUCCCUUGGUGACUGGAGUAGAGCAUCAAGACCAGAGUGGAAAGACUAGAAGCCAAAGCCCCGAGGGAGAUGUUAUUAGUGGCUCCUUUGUGGCACACACUGCUUGGUGUGGGUCUGUGAUAUCCUUGGCCAUGGGAUCUCAUGAUCAGUCGGGUGCACCAGAGAGUAUUCCCCUGCGGGGAGAGAACAGGACAUCAGCAUGCACCAGCCCCCAGGACCAAGGAGGGAGCCUCAGAAUCACCUCAACAGGUUUGAGUACCACAGAAGGUUUUGCUUCUGAAGCUGAGAAGACUGUACAAAAAGAAAUAGGAGGCAGUUCCCUGAUAAGGGUCUCUAGCCAGCUUGAAAAGAGGGUCAGCUUCUCCUUAGAAGAGAACGAUGACCAAGGCAGGGAAGCAAGGCAGAAGGAGGCCAAGGACCUCAGACUUACGAGCAGUGCUUUCUUAGCACCUGUUUCACUGCCAGGGGUACCUAAUCCAGAACCUAGGCUAUUGGAACCCUCUGUCAACAUAUCCGUGUGCCCAGCUAUCUUGGAGGAGAGCAGACAGGCAAAGGCCCAGAGAGAGCAGCUUAAUGAUUUUGUGACUGGAGGGACAAUUCUUCCUUACUAUGAAACUUUAAUAGAACCUGAAUGUUCUUUACAGGUUGCUGGCAGGCCUCAGUGUAAACAAAUGGACCAGUCAUUGUUAGACAGGACUAGGAAUGCGGGUGAAGCUCAGGGAUUUUGUGUGACAUCUGUAUCUGCUGAACCAGGACAUCUAUCAACUGAAGAGAAGAAAGUCCUGGCCACACCCCUCUCUGAAGACUGCUUUCAACCUCUGCCCAGUACUGAAAUUGAUAGAGGGUCAUGGCAUCCUGCACAGGCCUCCUCCCAUACUGUCCCUGCUCUAGACAAAAAACAUUGUACUGGAGAACUGAUACAUUUCCUGGGAGCAAGUGAACCAUUUAUAUAUCACUCUAGUUCUUCUGAAAUCACAGAGAAAAAGAAAGAAGCAGCCAGAACAUCUUCUGCUGAUCCUUUGGUUUCCGACAAUCUUCUUUCUUUAACACCUGUGGAGGGGGACAGGAGGGUGAUAUCAAAGGAGGUGAUGACUGCCUUAUCUUCUCAGGCCCUUUGUGAUGAUCCUGGAGUGAUUCUGCAUGGGCAAAGUCAGUCAGUUCCAUGGGAGACUGCAGAGGGCCUGCCCCCUGGCAGCCAGGACAGUAGCCCAGAGCACCAGGAACCCAGAACUCUAGACAUCACACACGGAGGAGGGUCCAGUGACUUCUUAGUGUCUGUACAGGGAGAAAAAACUGCCCAUUUUGGAAGUCAUUUGGUGAUCUGUGAUGUUCAGAAUUCUACAAGUCUCUCAGGACCUAAACAAGACCAUGCCCAGUGCCUUGAGGCUUCCUUUGGCUUAGAAAGGAGAACAAGUCUCAAACAAGGUACUGUUCUGCCUGGAGCCCUGAGAAGGGUUGAACUGGAAGCUCCUGCACAGCAGUGUGUGCAGUGGAAGGAGAGUGUUAAAUCUGGGCUGACAGAAGCCUGCAGGGCUGGCAGCAAACAUCCCAGGCCAACUCCAUUGCCAGAUCAAAGACCUAGCCCACAUCCUGGGGGAGUUAGGGAGGAAGCCCCAUGCAGAUACCCACAAGAAACUUUAGAUUGCCUUGUUUUCUCAAGAAGCACUGAAGGCAGCAGGACUCUUAUUCCAUCUAGAGGGGAAGAAGAGAGCAGAACUCUUCCUUGCCAACAGCCAUGUAAUUCUCAACCCACUGCUACUCAUGCCUGUUCCACCCAUUUCUCCACUUUACUGUGUUAUAGAGAUGGUAACCUAGAGAAGGAGACUUUCAAGGCUGCCCCACAUACUGUCUACUCAUCCUGUGUGGUACCUUCCAUGGUCUGUAAAAUGGAUGAGAGAGGAGAGAGCUCUUCUGGGGAACCUGACAUGCACUUGGCACAUGGCCUUGAACCCAAAGACAUUAAUAAGGAAUUUAGGCCAACAGAGAGUAGCACUCUUGAGCCUUCUACUGUGGCUGCUGUCCUAUCUCCAGCUCCAGGCUGCAACUUCCCUUCUGCCCCUGAUGUGAGGACAAGUUCCUUCAGCCACUCAGCAGCUGGUGAAAAUUCAAGGUCAGUAGAGGUUCUAGGAAAAAAAGUUGCUGAGAAGAAAGCCAGCACAGCACUUGAGGCUGUCCCUUUCCUUGCAGACAUGUACUCUGAGCCACUGAGGCAGUUUCAGGACAGCUCUGUAGGUGGCCUGAAUGCACAAAUGUCUCAAACCAACCCAAAACCACCUGCAACAACUCAGGGACCACACACCCUAAAUUUAAGUGAAGGGUCUGCUGAGAGUGAGCCAGUGGUAGACCCCCAGCAUAGAUGUUUAGAAAAUAUCAUCAGAUGUGUUUCAGAAAAGCCACAACUUUCCACUGAAUCUAGGGCUCACAAUUGCUUGGGUCCCCAAGCCAAGUUUGUAGCAGGGUUAAAACAUACCUGUAAUCCCCAAGAUGACAAACCCUGGGAGGAGGAAGAGCAGCAGAGAGACCAGGAUUUAGGUAGUGGUAAAGUCCCUGCCCAGAGUAGGAAUCCUCCAUUUUCUGAGGGUGACCUGGAUCGCUGUCAGAUUAUAGAUGCUGGAAGAGAGGAGGUAGCUGAGUCCAAGACUUUCUCAUUGGGCUUUGAAGACCUAGCCGCUGUGCCCUCGAAGCAGCCAGCCCUCCACCACAGGCGCUCACUUCCUGUGAUUGCAAUUUUUUCUGGCCCCAAGCACUCUAAGUCCUCCCCCACACCACAGUUCUCAGUGGUCAGCUCAUCUCGAUCUCUUCAGGAGUUGAACUUGAGUGUAGAGCCUCCCUCCCCUACAGAUGAGAAUACCCAGGGGCCUAACAGAUUGUGGAACCCACAUCUCACGGACUAUUCCUCUGAAAAGUCAGUGGCAAGAACGUCCAUGAAGGUGGAGGACUGCAAUCAGAAAGCCUUGUCUAACUUGGGCGAUGGCACUGCUGAACACAGGCCCCUGAAACCUGCCACCCCUCCUUACCCAACAUCUUCUGCUCUCUCACACAUGCCAACCCCAGAUAUAAUGACCAACUGGAUGUCUGGUUCUUUGGAACAGUUCCAGCAGGGAAAGCCAGAGAAACUGGGUCUGCAGAUCAGGCCAAAGAAAUUGUGCUCUCAGGUGGACAAAGGAAUGUUGCACUUUGGCUCCAAUGAUAUCAAUCCCUCUGUCCUGCCCUGGUGUCCAGAGGAGCCUGUGCGUAUUGGCUGGAAGCAGUAUGUGUUUGGCAGUGCAGCUGAUGUCUCCUGCAGCCAGAAACCCCAGGGCCUGAUACCAUCAAAUGUGGCCCGGUGCUCCAGCAUGGACAAUGGCCUAGAAGAUGAGAACUCCUCAUUCCAUUUCCACCACAGCACUUAUGCCAGUACACGGGAUCUGUCAAGCACACACAGCAGCAUUGACAAUGCCCAAGGUUCAAAUGAGGCCAGAGAAGUAUGGAAUUCCUCAUUUCCCUUGGGAGGCCCCCAUGUCCUGACUGUUCCUGAAGAAACAGCCCCCAUUUCAGGUCCUGACAAGAGACCCCAGUUCAAGGGCUCCCCUGGUGAAACAGACUGUGUGGGGAGUGAACCCCUCUUGGCUGAGAGAAGUCCUGCAGGUCCAGUGGAUGAGAUUAUGUUGCUGUAUCCAUCAGAGGCAGGCUGUCCUUUGGGACAGGCCAAGACGAACACAUCUGAGCUGGGCACAAAGACCCUGGAUCGCAGGCUCCAUGGGAGCUGUACCGAUGUCUCCUCUGCUCAGCCUGAAGCCAGUGCAAUGUCAGCCUCUGAUCUGGCCUCAUGGACCAGCAUGCAUAACUUGUCUCUCCACCUCUCACAGCUCCUGCACAGCACCUCAGAGCUUCUCGGGAGUCUUUCCCAGCCAAGUGUGGCCGAAAAGGAGCAGAACACCAAGAGGGACACCCCAAGUGAGGCUCCACUGGCCCUGAUGAUAGACAGCUCUACUCAGACCACUGUGGAUGAAGGCAGUCAGACUGACCUGGCCUCACCCGCUCUGUGCCUCCAGACCUCAGAGUCCAAACCUCAAACAGUCAAUGUGAUCCUUGAAGUGCUGGGCUCGGAUAUCUCAACUGUGUCUCAAGAAAAGGGAGAUAUCCUAGGGGCACCUCAGAAGACAGAAGCAGAAGAAACAGCGCAGAAAAUGAUACAGCCCGCACAUCUUCAGGAAGAAAAAACUCACCACAAGCCCCAGAGCACUCCAGUAUCCUCAUCCCACCUGAAGUUUCAGAAAACCCCCCUCAGGCAGAAUGUUCCUUCUGUGAGCCCCCCAGUUUCUGAUGCUUUUCUGCCUCCCAGCUCCCUGCCAGAGGAAUCCUCUUGCAUGGUUGUCAGCAGCCCCAGCCCCUCUUACUUCCCAGGGCACCUCCCUAAUAUUUCAGAGUCCAUUGAGGAGCCUAGGGUCCAGAAGAAGCUGGGCUCCACAAGUGCCUUGCUGGUGGACAGGGCUUCCUCUCCAAUCCUCACUCUUAGUGCCAGCACCCAGGAGUUAGGUCUCCCCUCAGACUCUUUGACUCCCUCAGGCCCCUCAGCUUGCCUUCUUGAUUCCAGCCCAGACCUUCCGCUUGGUGCUCCCGGGCCUCCACUGGAUACUUAUGCCCAAACCACAGAUGAGCCAGGGGGCUCUCACAGAGCUGAGACUCUGGCUAGAGAAGGUCGAAGGCCCUUAGAAAGGAAUGAUGGGAGGUCCCUUCUUGAGUUGAGCUUCCCACACAGCCCACAACAGAGCCCAAAACUCCAAGUUAGUUUCUUAGGGCAGCCACCUCAGCAGCCUCAGUCCAGGACUACCAUCGGGGUCCAGAGCAGACUGUCACCUCCACCACUGGGGCACGGGAGCCGGAGGCUCGCCGACAGCUUUGUGCCCGAGGAAGUGGCUUCCCUAGAGCGUGGCCCACUGAAUAAUAGGGGGCCAAGUCAAUGGCAGAACAGGAUAGAAAAUGGGAGUGAGCGUUCAGCAUUUCCAAUGGAGCCACACCCCACUCUGGACCUGUCUUCGUGGCGAGGCCUCCAGCAUGUCAGUCCUUGCCCUACCUCUGAGUUGGCUAAUAUCGCAGGACUCCGAGGUUCGGCCUUGGGCCCACCUCAGGUCUGCCACCAUGAGGGGUUGCUGCAGCCCAGUUGCCAGAUGUGCAUGGACCCAGAGCCCCAGCAUCACAGCCUGAGGGACCUCCCAGUACAUAACAAAUUUAGUAACUGGUGUGGGGUUCAGAAUGGCUCUCCUGGGGGGCUGGGUGUGGCCGAGGAGCUGGGGGCCAGCUGUGAUCUCAGCUCUGGAAAGGAGAGCCAGAGGCCUCCACAACCUCUUGAUGACCAGAGCCAGGAUCCUGAGUGGCCCCAGAGGGCGCAGAUUCCCCUGCAAGUUGGGACCCAGAACCUCUCACUCAGCGUGGAACUCGCAGAAGCAAAACUGCACCAUGGCUUUGGGGAGGCAGAUGCCCUGCUGCAGGUGCUGCAGAGUGAGACAGGGGAGGCGCUUGCUGCUGAUGAACCUGUGCUGUCCACCUGGGAGACCCUCUGUGCUGGGCAAAGAGAAGCCAUCGAGACCCUGAGGAGAGAGCGGGCUGAACGACUGAGAAACUUUCGCCGGACACGAAGCCUCAGCCCCCAGAAACAACUGAGCCUUCUGCCCAACAGAGAUCUUCCCACCCGGGACCUUGACUUGCCCAGCAGGCGCCGAGAAUACCUGCAGCAACUGAGGAAGGAUGUGGUGAAGACCACCAGAAGCCCAGAGGCAGUGUCAAGGUCUGCUCACCCACCCUCUGAUAUAGAACUGAUGCUGCGAAACUACCAGCGGGCCCGUGAGGAGGCCAAGGUGGAGAUUGCCCAGGCCCGGGAUCGACUACGGGAGCGGACUGAACAAGAAAAGCUGAGAAUCCGCCAGCAGAUUAUUUCUCAGCUGUGGAAGGAAGAGGAAAAACUACAUACCCUGGUCAACUCCAGCUCCCUGUGUACCAGCUCCAAUGGAAGCCUCUCGUCUGGCAUCACCUCUGGCUAUAAUAGCAGCUCAGCCUUGUCGGGCCAGCUCCAGUCCCCAGAGAAUAUGGGGGACACAAGCCUGCCUGAUUCCAGGGAUGCCUGGAUAGGGGAUAGACAGGGCCGUUCUGCAGUGAGAAACAGUCAUCUGUACCUGGCUGGCUCUGCCUGGAAGAGCGCAGCCUACGGCCAUAGAGCCUCCCUGGGCAAUUGCUGCUGUUCUGCAUCCAGUCUGUUCAGCUUGGGGACCUGCUUUUCCUCCUCCUCCUACCAGGAUUUGGCCAAGCACAUUGUGGACACGUCUGUGGCCGACGUCAUGACUGCUUGUUCAGAUAACCUGCACAACCUCUUCAGCCACCAGGCAACAGCUGGCUGGAACUAUCAGGGUGAGGAGGAGGCGGUGCAGAUUUACUACAAGGUGUUUUCUUCUACUCGUCACGGCUUCCUGGGGGCAGGUGUGGUGUCCCAGCCGCUGUCUCAUGUGUGGGCAGCUGUGAGUGACCCCACCCUGUGGCCCCUGUAUCACAAGCCCAUCCAGACAGCAAGGCUGCAUCAGCGGGUGACCAAGAGCAUCAACCUGGUGUACUUGGUGUGCAAUUCCGCCCUGUGUGCGUUGAAGCAGCCACGGGAUUUCUGUUGCGUCUGCGUGGAAGCCAAAGAGGGCCACCUGUCUGUCGUGGCAGCUCAGUCUGUGUAUGACACAUCCAUGCCAAGACCCAGCAGAAAAAUGGUUCGAGGGGAGAUCCUGCCCAGUGCCUGGAUCUUGCAGCCUGUCACUCUUGAAGGGAAGGAAAUCACCAGAGUCAUCUACUUGGCCCAGGUAGAACUUGGUGCUCCAGGCUUCCCCCCUCAGCUCCUGAGCUCUUUUAUCAAACAGCAGCCGCUGGUUAUAGCCAGACUGGCUUCCUUCCUUGGUAGUUAGCAUCUCACCAUCAAGAUGGUACCGCUGAGAUGCAGCCCCAGGAUGUUCCAGAGACACUGUGGCAGCUCCUCGCUAUUUUCUGUACCCUGGUGUAAGAAGAGCUGAGGCUUUGCUAGCCGCUGUGCCCGACUGGGCAGACAGCACUGAACCAGGGUUGCCAGCAAAGCUGUCAGAACUUGGUCUCAGCUGGCGCCGCUUCAGAGCAAAUGGCCUGAGCUCCGGGCCUAGCUGUCUAAAUGAAGCUUGACUCACCUUUGGGAUUUCUCACCUUCAUUUCCUGUCUCUGGGACUCUGGCAGACAGGCCACCCAAGCACCUGGAUUGGGCAUGGCCAGCAGAGCACAGACUGCAGUGCUUUGGCAAGUUGAUUCCUCAGGCUGGUAGGGAAGCAAGCAGCUGUUGGCCAAGACGGCACUGAAUCUACCUCCAGCAUUCCACUCCACUGUGUGAUGGAGUGUUUGGAAAUACCAAAAUAGUCAGAAGGCUUAAAAAACAGCUGCACAAACCAGAACACUGAUUUAGAAUCUUUUCUCCCCCUUGAAUUUUUGCUUAUUGCUUUAUUAUUCGUUUUUACUUUUUUCCCCCCUUUCCUCCCAGGAGAGGAUGUUUGGGUCUCUGCACCAGCAUCAAGAGUGUUAAGUGAUGUCCUGUUACAGAGCUGUUAAUCUGGAGCUCAAACGGAAGACACUAGAGCCAGGUUGGACAGAUUUGGGUCAGGGUGGGAGUCUAGCCUUUGAGGACUGGGGGUGAGGGUGGCAGCGGAUGUUGGUUGCUAACAAGGCAAGAGGAAUUUUGAAGACAUUGAAAAUUAUUCUUUGAAGAUGGGAGAGAAGAUAAAUGUGCUCUCAGAGGAGGUAAGCAACUUGUUGAGAGGAUGCCUCCAUGCUGUCUUAUCUCAUUUGGAGGUGUGGUGUCUUGCACCUUAGCCUGGCUGAACGUGAGCUCUGAAUAUUCUAUAUGUUUACCUGGACGUGAUAGGAGUGGGAGAGAGCCCCAUCUUUAGUUCUGGUGCCCAAAUCUUUGGUAGAAGAGGGUAACCCUAUGGGGAUUGAGAUGUGGCAAAAAGGGUAAAUUUCUGUAGAGUGUGGCAGAAAUAUCUUUUUCUAAGCGUUUGCAGGUUUUUUUCCUCUUACCUCAGAUUAUUUAUAUAUUAUUGAUUGAAGGUUUUUUAAAAAUUUACUUUUAAACUUUUAUUUUUCUGGUCAAUUUUUUUUUGGUGACAGUGUACUUAACACUUUCUUUAUGUAUGCCCACCUAUUUUCAUGUAAAUCUUACUAAAAUUAUUGACCAAAAAGGUCAGAACAUUUGUAAAUUAAAAGUCCUAUGCAUCUUC